AUGGCAAGCGAAGCAUUAGCGUUGAACCAUGCUCUGGUCGGAAUGAACAUCCUUUACAUUCACACGGCUACAACCUUAUGGCCUGAUCGUGCUGUGGGUGGUGAAUUCUUCCAAACUGUGGACGACCACGCCCGUCGCUGGCUCACUGGCCUUGCUCACAUUGGAGAACAAGGAAAUCCUCACAGCACAAUAGAUUGGGAUACCACAGCAGGAAGUGCAAGAGUUUUCGACAAGUCGACUUGGCAGGUUCCGGAGAGUUGGGUUACGGACAGCGUUAUUUACAUGGCGUCCAUUAAACUUCAUCUAGAGUUCGAUGAGACGCCUAUUCAUGCGUGUUUGUGGACGCACUUGGAAUGGCAUGACAACCUUCGCAUUGUCUCGUCCAAGAAAUCGAUCACAGCAAGAUCUGAGCACGUUGUCCUUCUCGCCAAGUGGAACAACGGGUUUAGAACUCGGGUUCAGAAGAACUCGGUGAAGAAGCGUUGCUGA